AUGGAAUCCUCUAGGCUUUACCCUCCCGUUGACACAUCAACCACCGCUCCUCCUCUUCCUAACCCCUCCUCUUCUUCCUCUUGUCAUCCUAACAAUCUCUAUCCCUCCGUCGAUGACGUCAACGACAACCAUUCCCCAGAGCACGUCCCUUCUGCUCCUCCGGUGGCAACAGAAGAAACCAUCCUAACAAUCCCCGGAGCGAUCCUCCACCUCAUCGACAAAUCAUGCAGCGUGGAGCUAGCUAUCGGCGACCUUGAAAUCCUCCGUCUCGUUCAAGGAGAUAUCACCGUCGCGGUUUUCGCUUCCGUGGCCGAUAAAAUCCAAUGGCCGUUGACUAAAGACUCACCAACCGUAAAACUCGACGAAUCUCAUUACUUCUUCUCGUUACGACCAAUCAUAGACUCCGGAUCAUCAUCAUCUGAUCGUCCCUUCGAGCAUGAGAUGUUAAACUACGGAUUAACAAUCGUUUCCAAAGGCCAAGAACCGUUACUAGAGAAGCUAGACCUAAUCUUGGAUGAUUAUAGUAGCUUCACGUCGGAGAAAGGAGAAGAAAAUGUGUUGGACUUGACGGCGGCCAAGGAGACUUCCCCGGAGGAGUUAAAGGGAGAGAGGAAGAAGAUGGUGGAGAAGCAAUGCACGGCUUAUUGGACAACUUUAGCUCCUAACGUUGAGGAUUAUAGCAGUGUUGCUGCCAAGUUGAUAGCGGCUGGCUCGGGACAAUUGAUCAAAGGGAUUUUAUGGUGUGGUGAUGUGACUAUAGAUAGGCUUAAGUGGGGGAAUGAUUUCAUGAAAAGGAAUUUGUCUAAAGCGGAGAAAGAUAGAGAAGUUAGUCCUGCUGCUUUAAAAGGUCUUAAAAGAGUGAAGAAGAUGACAAAGAGGACGGAGAAAAUGGCGACUGGUGUGCUUUCUGGUGUUAUAAGAGUCACCGGAUUCUUUUCGAGGUCGGCGGUGAAUAGUAAAGCCGGGAAGAAACUGUCUGGUCUUCUUCCUGGAGAAAUGGUUCUUGCAACACUUGAUGGAUUCAACAAGGUUUGUGAUGCUUUUGAAGUAACGGGAAGGAACGUUAUGAAGACAUCAUCAACUGUCACAACUGAAAUCGUGGAUCACAAGUAUGGAGCAAAGACAGCAGAAGCAGCAAACGAAGGGCUUGGAGCAGCAGGGCAUGCGAUUGGAACCGCGUGGACUGUUUUCAAGAUCAGACAAGCUAUUAACCCGAAGAGUGUAAUGAAGCCAUCAGUACUGACUAAAAGCGCAUUGGAAAAAAGGGCAGCUAAAGAAAAAAAGAAGGGGAAAAAAGGUUCCAAGUAG